AUGGACGUGGGCCAUACCAUCUUAGAUGGAAAUGCGGAUGCUGUGGAAUUUUGUCCCCACGAAUCGUUCCAGAAUGUGCUAGCCGGCUCCACUUACGUGCUUCAGGAAGGGGAUUGCCCCAGUCGGUCGGGCUCUAUAACGCUCUUUGAUGUUGAUGCUGAUAGUGGCCGGCUCGAAAUGAUUCAGAAAGUAGAAACGGCUGGAAUAUUUGAUAUAAAGUGGAGCCGGGCCCACAUGCACGGCCCGGCCUGGCCCUUGCUUGCUCAGGCAGAUGCCGAUGGUUGUGUUAGGAUCUACAGCCUUCAGGGCACUGACUCGGAUGAUUCGGGAAUGCUUGGACAGAUUGGGGAGCCAUGA